AUGUACCAGCCCUUAGAUAUCAUCCAAACUGGAUCAUUCAGCACGGUUUAUCGUGCCUACGAUACUCGCUCCGGAGAGUAUGUUGCGUUAAAAGUCGUCGCCAAGCCUGAAAGCCCAGAAAAGCUAGAUGCAAUCACAGCUUUAGUCAAAAACGAACUAAAGAUUUUGAAAAGACUAGGGAACAGACAUCCAAAUAUCUGCGCAUUGCUCGAUUUUUACCAAGAUGACUCAAAUUUUGUAUUUGUCCUCGAAUACUGUCACAACGGUGAUUUGUACGACUACAUGAAGCUGGUCAAAGAAUCAGCAGACUCACAAGAAUACACUGGUAAACCAGAUUCCUUGCCAAGCAUAUCUAGAUUGCAAUUUCACUCGUUGGUUUAUCAAUUGUGUUCAGCAUUGAGCUACUGCCACUCUUUAGGGAUUGCUCAUCGAGACUUCAAGCCUGAAAACGUCUUGGUGACGAACACGGGAAAGGUAAAACUCACAGACUUUGGGCUAUCGCAUAUGGGAGAGCAGGCCUCUGACCAUAGAAUCGGAACGGAAAAAUACUUGGCCCCAGAAACUUUUACCCACUCAGGCUCAUACAACACUUAUAGCGCAGAUUUUUGGUCGUUAGGUAUCUCUAUUCUAUACAUUAUGUUCGGUUCCUGUCCAUUUAGAUCGGCGGACAGAAAUUCGUCCAAAAAGAAUACCAACUUCCUUGCAUUCCAAGAUAACCCAGUUCAAUUUGUAAAGCAGUACUACUUACCAAAUUUACUCGAUGUUGACGUCGAGGCUGGUUGCGAUUCAUUCCCUCCGCUAUUUUCUAAAAGACAUUCUAUCAUUACGAGUCCAAAGUAUUGGCUUGAAGUAGUGCCAAACACAUCAAACUUGGAACAUAUACUUUUGAAUGUUUCUUGCCUGGUAAUAUCACAUCUCCUAUGCUCGCCAUCAAACCGCAGUAUGGAGUCAUUUUGGUACAGACUAGACAAUUUCAUCACUGUUUUGAAAAUGCAAACCGGCAGUGAAAUUUCAUCGGUACCUCCAUCAUUGACACAGAAUCAAGAGUACAUUGAAUUUACCGAUCCACCAUCUCCACAAUCAAUAAGCUCGGCGUCGUUCAGAAUGUCUAGUCUUGGAUCUAUGUCUAGACCAUUCGAGGAGUUUAUGCCUCGCAGCUUUUCGAGUGAAUCGUGGGAUUUUGAUUGGGAUGCAGGAAACAGUUGGUUAAACAAUGUCAAACCGGUAUCUUUGCAACAAAAUUCUACAAUGUAA